AAAAAUUUUCGUAUUCAAAUUUCGACCAAAUUUUCUACCAGUUAUGGUCAGUUUCAGCUUCUUUAAAGUGAUCUCAAAGCCUUUUUUGGGGUUGUAAUAGGAAAUAGUCGAACUUUACACAUUCAAGAUCAAUAAGUCCAUUCAAAAUUUAUUUGAAAACUUUGAAAUCCAAAUUCUCUCGUUAAAAAUUCCUUUCGACUAGGAGUUGCCAGAUUGUCACUUUAAUUCCGCCAUUAUUGUGUGAUCCGUAUGCCCUUCUUAUGCUAUAUGGCAACAUUUCACAUAGCAACGGCAUUUGUUGUUUAAAGAAAGCAAAGUGAAGAAAAAUUCAGAAACAGCAGAAAAAAACAACUUCAAAUAAAAUUAGAAAAUUAAAAAACGGGGAAACGUCUUUCAUAAACAAAUGACCCACAUAAAACGAGAAAAAAAUACAUCUCAAAACAAGGAUACACGUUGGGAUCGUAUACGAAAACGUCAUGGCAGUGGAAAUUCUGCAAAAAUCAAAAGUGAAACCGUAAAACGUUUUAUCGAAAUAGAUUAUGUGGACAAGCAUCAGCGGGAAAUAUUAAAUGGCGAUGCAAAGCCUGAAACGAAACUAGAUCCAGUCAUGGUAAUGGAUAUGAGACACCAAAUGUUCAAACAGAUACCUCGCAAAUUGCCCUUAGCUACCGUGGCCUAUACGAAAACCAUGGAUAUGUGCAAGUCCCAUAAUGUGGCAGUUGAGGAACGAUAUAUAGAAAAUCAGCUACAGCAGUUUCGACAGCAUUUGCAAAAGCAAAACAAACGCAAUCAUAUCUCAGAGAAGAAGGUGCACUCGCUGCUUAUCGAUAAUCAAGAAAUAAUGGGGAGCUUGGAAUCUUCGCAGCAUCAUAUAGAGGAUUUCUUUAAUGCUCCCAUGGAAGCAAUGAACGAGGUGAAUGAUUUGUUUAAACGCGAAGUGGAAAGGGAGCUACAGCUGAUGGCAAACGAAGAGGUCUUAGAAACGGAAUGCUCCAAAAUGGUUAAAGAAGCCACUGCCGAUUGCAGUGCUUCUGCCUUGACUUCCGAAAAGAUAUUGAGUGCUGGCUCCAUUUCACUGAGCCAUAAGAUGGAGGAUAUAAUGGAACGUUUUCCCGAAAUGCGUUUAUUUGCUAAAAAUGAUCAAACUCCCGCUCAGACUCCACGUCGAGAAACCCCCAGUCCUUUGCCGGAUACUGAUGAGGUCUUGCAGCCUUUAAAGGAAAAUAUGGAACAAAACAGUGGCCUUCACUUGCGUUGUGUACGUUUUGAUGAAGAAGUCAGCGUUUGUCAAUUUCAAAGGGAAAACUCUACAUGCUCCAAUACCAGUGAUGGCAUUGAUUCGGUUAUAUCCGAAUUGGCGGAAGAAGUUUUGCUUGAAUUACAAUUGGAGGAAGAGGGUGGUGGUAAGUUAAAAACUAUACCAGAAAUCGAAGCAGAAGGUAAAACUACAGAGGAUGGAAAUAUUUGUAAAGAUAGUGAACAAAAGUCCUUAACACGAAAAGAUGAGGGCUUUGAAAAUCUUUCUUAUCAGACUAAUAAUGAAAAAUUGGAAAUCAGGGGUAACAUACCCAAAACAUUUAUUCGUUAUCUCCAGCAAAAGGAAGCACCACCAUCUGCAGCAGCACAAAAAAUGGCUCAUAUUUCUGCAAAUUCCACCACCACCACUGAGACCGACGACUUCUCUUCCAGUCAAGAACAAAAUCAAAUAAUAGAGGAACUUUUUGAGGCCAAGUCAUAUCCCAGAAUUCCCAUAUUAAGAAAAUAUUUCCUCAAGUGGGUCCAUUUUACUCAUGUGGAGAAAAUCGAAAGGGAACAUGCCGACUCCCAUGCGGAUCGAGUGCGAAGAAUUAAUAUUUUCCUGGAUAAAAUACGCAUUGAAAAAAAUCGUCAAAGAAAAAAUCAAAAGGCCCACAAAGCACACCCGGAAGAGGGUGAUGAGGCUGUGGAGGGUACAAACAAAAAAGAUGUCACUGGAAAUAUAAGAAUUAAUAAGAAAUACCAAAACAAAAUCAAAAUACAACAGGAUAUCAUUGAUCUGCAACGCCUUAAAUUGGAAAGGCAGGAACGUAUUAUAAUGGAACUUAAACUCAGUAAGUUAUCCGAAGAAGCCCGCGAAGCACGUUUGGAGCUAAAGGAUGAAUUGAAAUCAGUUAUACGUUCGGGUGAUGCAAAAUCAAAGGCCAAAGCCAAAUGUCUUCAGCUAAUUGGAAAUUUGCGCGACAAGGAAGAUGAACGUCUGGACAAAUUGCAAUGCAAGGCUAUGCUCAUGCCGAAAUUUUUACAGAGUAUGCAAGAAAGAGCUUUGGAAAGGAGUGUAAAGCAUGAACAAGCUAAACAGCGAAGACUUCAACAAGAAGCCGAAAGAGAGGCACAAAAAUUGGCAGCCGAAGAAGCUAAGCGCCAAGAAGAUGAAGAAGCCAAACGUCAAAGAAUCGAAGCCCUCAAGGAGAAACGACGUCAAGAGAAAAUGGCUAAAAUUAUAAGAGAACGUGAACGUCAGCGCUACAUUGAAAAUCUGCGUAAAGCCCAAGAUUUCUAUCGCCGCCUGUUGCUUAAGCGUAUAGGUAUGGAAGGUUUCAAAAGAUUGUUGCACCGUAAAAAGGAGAAUCUACGCAGAUGUGAACAACUCCGACGCAUGCUGUACAAGAGAACCUAUUUUCAGGCUUGGUUCAGUAUAUAUCGCAUUUCGAAGGCACGUCGCUCUCAAAAGGCCGAUGAGUUAUAUGAGCGCAUAUUAAAGCGCAGAUAUAUUCACCUAUGGUUCUUCUUCACCGGUCAAGAGCGCAGCAAAUACAAUGUGGCUGUUGACUUUUUCGAACUGAAAUUGACAGAGACAACCUUCAGGAAAUGGUUGGGCUACACCAGACGUAUGAGGGCAAUUGAAGAAACAAAAAUGAAACAGGCUGUAUUGCAUCAUGAAUGGCACUUGAGGUGGAAAGUCUUGGACUGUUGGCAACGUUUGCCACAAAUUUUACAACUAGAAAAGGAGACAGAAGAGAGGCGCCAACGUUGGCGCAUGAAAAUCUGGGAGCUUUUACCCGAUUACACACCUAACCGAGACGAACUGAAUAUAAAUCUUUUAUAGAUAUCGAGUU